AUGAAGUAUCUCGCUGCUUAUCUUCUUCUUAACGCCGGUGGAAAGGCCAGCCCUGCCGCUGCUGAUAUCAAGACUCUCUUGAGCUCUGUUGGUAUUGAGUCUGAGGAGGAACGUGUUUCCUCUUUGAUCACUGCUCUUGCCUCCAAGAACAUUGAAGAGCUCAUUGCUGAGGGUCAAGAAAAGAUGUCUUCUGUCCCCACUGGUGGUGCUGCUGCUGCCUCUGGUGCCGCUGCCGCUUCCUCCGAUGCUCCUGCUGCCGAGGAGAAGGAAGAGGAAAAGGAAGAGUCUGAUGACGAUAUGGGUUUCGGUCUUUUCGAUUAA